CUUUUUAAAUCCCGGCCAAUUUUCAAAAAAGGCCGGGCUACCUUCUUGUUUGAAACAAUCAGGAAGCCACAGAAGAGAUACAUUAACAAUGAUCCCAACAUUAGGAAGAGCUGUUGCUAGAUCAAGACAUGUACAAGCAAAACCUGUUGUUAACUUUUUAAAGAAAGCCUCACCACUUGCUAAUGUUCAAUGGACACGACCUUUGGCGACACAGGCACCUAAAGAACUACUAGAUAUAGAAUCUAUUGAUGUGAGCAGCAACAAGCCAUUAAAGUCGGCUGUUCCCUCUCAAAAAGAAUUGACUUCAAAGCUGGAUCACUGCAGAACAACAGGCGAUGUCAGAGAGGCUAUCAAGAUAGUACUGAGCGCUGAAGAAUUUGGACUGACCACACCUGAUCUAUAUCAUCGUCUGCUCAAUCUUCUUCGAAAUGCACCAUUUGACGCAGAAUAUACAUCUGUUGUCGCAAGCUGGUUUUAUUCAAAAAACUCCCCUCUACCUCCAGAAGUAUUAAAAGAUCGCAAUUUCUGGUUAGAAAUGCUCAAAGUAGCCUUUCAUUUUGGAAAUACUCAUCGCACCGAAGACCUACGAGCAUUACUAGAGCAAUUCAAAAGAGUAUUCAAGUUUAAGAAUUUAAGGGAUCAAGAGACUUGGCAGUUAUUUAUUAGAGGAUGGGCAAUAUUAGGAAAAGAAGACAAGGUGAUAAAAUAUGUCGAACAGGCUAGAAAAAGAGUACGAGACAAGCUGGCAUUUGAUGAAAACACACUUAUUUCUUUGGCAAUGGUGAAUUGUGACAGUAAAGUUGAAGAAAUACUCGCUAGAUUGAAGGAAAACAAUACGCUGUCAAACUAUACACUUGAACGACUUCUGCGAACAUUUGCCUAUGACGGAAACAUAGAAAAGACUUUUCGAUUAAAGGCAAUGUGCGAUGAACUCUAUCCGGGAAGCACCGACAAGACAAUGCUCCUCAUGGCUCACAAGGUUGCUCUUGCUCAAAUUAUCGACAGAUAUGCUGUUUCCCGAGGAUCAAAAGGUCUGAACUUAAAGCCCAAUGUAUGUACUGAAGUAGAUCAAUUACACGCAUCAUGGGAAAACUUGACAAAGGAUAUGUUCAAUGGUCCAGUAGACAUUACAGAUUGCAAUCUUGUAUUAGAAUAUCUUACACUUGCUAAUCGCCUUGAUCCUGACAACUACCCUAUGGAAAAGGCUGAAUACAUUUUUGAUUCUUAUAUGCAAAAGCAUGACGUUCAACCUAACGAAGUAAGCUAUCAUCUGAUGAUGCAGGGUUAUGCAACAACACGACAAUACAACACAGAGGGUAAACGUAGCAAGAGGCUAGAUAAGGCAUUAGAGGUACUGUCAAAGAUGCAAUCAACGCAUAUCAACAACUUGAACCAUCGCACUUUCCACAUAUUGUUCCGUGCCUGCAUUCCUCACGCCCAUGGCCAUUACUAUUUUGAUAACUUCAAGCUAGCUUCCUUACUGCCAUCUCAUGCUCAACAUCCUCUACCACUGGAUCCUCGUCUGUUUGAUAUUGAGCAAAUCAUGUUGGAGGCUCGUCUACCGCACGAUAGAUUUACCUUUGCUACUCUCUUAACUUGUCUUGCUGCCAGUGGAAAGUUUAAGGCGUUCAACGAUCGAUGGAAUUCGUUGAAAUUUCACAACCGUUCACCCGACAUUGGAUUAUAUCGACAUGCGUUUGCACUGUCUGCACUUGAUCCAGAGCAAUCCAAGCGAGCUAUCCGUAACAUCAAGCCUGAUAUGGAACUCGACGUAGCUUCAAGUAAGAUUGACUUUGGCACGUACUGUGCUCUGCUCGAUUGUUGUUCAACAGCGCAGCUACAAAAGGAAGCACAGGAAAUUAUGGGUGAGAUCAGAGACGUCUUAAAGACAAACAGAAUUAAGGGUCGCAAAGGACAAUGGCCAGACGAAAAUAGCCCAGAAGUGUAUAGCGCCCUUCUCCGUGCUGCAACUCUUAUUAAAGGCAUGAACACUGAUAAUAUCAUCCAAGAGAUGAACACAAAAGGCAUAGAAUACAAUGAAGACAUUUGGGAGAUCUUACUGUCAAAGCAUGCAGCAGAGAGUGAUAUCAAGAACGUACGUCGGCUCUUUAACCAAUACACAAUGUAUCGACAUGAAAAGGCUGGAAAGAUCCCUAUACCCGUCCGGGAAACUUCACCAGUAGUACCUUUUCCUGGUCCACCCUAUAACAGACUUGACAUCAAGUUCAUUGAAGUUUAUUUGAGUUCAUUGCUUGAUCUACAAGAUGUAUCUCUUGUCUUUGAUGUCUUGCGUACUUGGUCAGAGCAAACUUCUAAAUUGCCAAUCUCCCGUCCUCUUUUAGAAGGAAUCAUAGAGCUAGCAAAAGAAGAAAAGGCCAAGGCAGAGUUAAAAUGGUUAUCAAACGAUGUAUUAUCCAAAGCCACUUAUCAGACAAGGUAUAUGAGAAGACUACAUGCUCAUGUCAACAAUAUUAUUCAAAAUUAGAUAAAUUGUACAAUAAAGUUAUGUCCUUU